AUGGGCAUCUGGACCUCAGGCAAUGGCCUCUUUCUUCAUCUCUGGGGAGCAUAUGUGUCUCCCAGAAGCCUUGGGUGGCUGGAUUUCACCCAACACUUGGGAACCUGCUGUUUGAUUGCUUGCUUUUCUGCAGGCCUCCUGGCUAUGGCCUGCAAUGAAUUCCUAUCCCCCAUUUUUGUCUUCCUCAUAUCCUGGGUGGCCAUGUGCAUCCUUCUGGGCUGCUCCAAACAUGCACGAUGCUUCAUCCUCCUCUUCUUCCUCUCCUGUGGCCUUCGGGAGGGCAGAAAUGCCUUGAUUGCCACAGGCACAGGCAUGAUCAUUUUGGGACACGUGGAGAAUAUUUUCCACAAUUUCAAAGGCCUCCUGGACAGUAUGACUUGCAAUCUCAGGGAAAAGAGUUUUGCCAUCCACAUUCCACUUUUGAAACAAUAUACUGAAGCACUUAAGUGGCUCUACAACCUGGCUGCUCCCUUGAACCUUUUUGAGGACCUGAUCUCUUGGAAUCAAACUUUAGCCAUUUCCCUGUUCAGUCCCAGUCAAACCCUGGAGUCCCAACUCAAUGACACCAAAGGUCAAGUCUUGGGGGCCUGGUACCAGAUGGUGUCAGCCACGGAGGUGCUGUCCACAUUUGGGCGGCGGAUCCUCACCUUGGCAGGGCUAAUGUUGGUUUUCCUCAGCACCGGCCUCUUCUUGAAGAGAUUUUUGGACCCCACAGAGGGGAAGUUUAAAAACAUCUACAUUACUAGGAAGUUUGUUCUGUUUGAUGAGAAGGAGAGACAUCAACAGAAGCCCUCUGUUCUGCCACUGAGCCGGGAGGAAAGGAAGCAGUAUGUGCUCAUCCCAUCCUUCUGGAAGACACCCAAAGAAAGGAAGAGCUUUGGCCUGUUCUUCCUCCCUGUGUUUCCACAUUUCUGCCUCUGGAUGCUGUUUGCAGCCACUGAUUAUCUGCUAUAUUGGCUUCUUGUCUCUGUGGGCACCCAUUUCCACAACCUACCAGCACUUGAUGUUCACUUGAAGCUGUACAGAGAGGAUCAAGGAACUCAAGACCUCAUCCAUGGCUCUUCUUUUAGCAUUUCUCUCUUUGAAUCCCACUGCAUCCCUACCCCAAGGCUCCUUUUCACUAAGACUUGGUUUCCUAUUAGUCUGAUUCUCGCAAUGCUGGUGAUACUGGGCCUCUUGUCUUCCCUCCUAAUGCAACUGAAAAUCCUGGUGUCUGCAGCCUUCUACCCCAGUGUGGAGGAGCGACGCAUGCAAUAUCUGCAUGCAAAGCUGAUGAAGAGAAGACUGAAGCAACCCAGGGGAGAAGACAAAAGGAAGCCGAGUAGCUACUACACAAAGAUUCAUUUUUGGCUCCCAGUCCUGAAAAUCAUUAGGAAGAAAGGAAUGGACACUGAGAGCCAAGUCAGUCCCUCAUGAUCCCUAAAUGACUCCUGAACCACAUGACAGACACCAGCAAUUCUCAUCUAGCCAGAGGUGCUUCCCUGUUUUGCCCACAUGGAAACA